AUGAAUGGAAAUGCUGAAAAAAGACCCUCAAACAAGUUGACCAAUAUACUUAAUACCAAUAUUGUUUCUUGCAGUGCUCUAUCAUGUUCUAAACUAGCCCUAGCAUCAGAAGGUGAAGGGGAACAGAUAUUAGAGGAAAGUGGACGAAUAUUGAGCACAAGUGCACCAGCUUCUACCAAUUGUCUUUUGGGAAAUUUUGAGGAGUCUAUAUUGAAUGGUAGAAUAGAACCAUGUGGAGCUGUUGAUGGUUUUACAGCAGCAAUUGGAGCUAGUGGUUCUUUUUGUCCUAAACAUAUAUCUCUACCAGUAUCAGCUUACUUCUUUAAACUAUCAGAUGAUAAUGCCCCUUCACCAUAUCUUGGCCACAUUAAUUUAGACACUCUUGGUAAAAGAGGAUAUCACAUUCCAAAGAAAGGUACAGUUCAAGUGACGUUGUUUAAUCCCAAUAAAACAGUAGUUAAGAUGUUUGUAGUGAUGUAUGAUAUGACUGAUAUGCCACCUAGAUGUCAAACAUUUAUACGACAGAGAACAUUAUAUAUGCCAGUGGAUAGUGAUAGUGAUCAACCAUCUUAUCUCAGAUAUCUUAUACAUUUACGAUUUGCUAGUACUAAAUCCAGUAAGGUUUACCUACAUACAGAUCUACGACUGAUAUUUGCUCGAGAUAAAUUUGAAUUUGAUAAUAAAGUAGCUCAGUAUGAACUUCGUUCCUUUACAGAAGGUCCAACUAAACCAAAAUAUUCGCCUAAAAGGUGA